AUGAUUCGGGUUGAACAUUUCCUUAAAGAAAACAAGAGGGUUCUCAACGAACUGUACUUUCUAGAAUGUAUUACAGUUGCCAGAAAUUCAGACAUUUCUAUUUCAAGGCUUAGAAAUGUCAUUGGGAAAAGGUAUCGAGAGCUGCUUGACAACUUUGAAGAAUUAUUCCCAAAGACAAAUACUUCUAUACACUUCUUAUUUUGGGGCUUCCUGAGAGCUAAAAUCGCAGCUAUUUUUCUUGAUUCAGAGGAUUCAUCUAAAGCCCAGGAAGUUUUAUUACCCUGUGUUAAUUCAAGUGAAAGGUGUGGACUUAUUGGUUCUCUGCUGCAUAAAAUAAUUGAGGAUGAUUGUUUGAAAGUUGGCUGUUUAGCUCCCGAAGAGGUGGUCAUUUUUAAUUCUAUAGCUGGUUUGUUGCAAACAAUUUUCAAUGUGCUUGCUGCAAUUCAUGUCAGAUAUGUCCAAAAUAAACAAUAUGUGACAUCUUUUGACGAUCCGAUGCGCUGGCUUUGUUGUGCUGAGAGAGUAUACAGGCUUUAUUCAAAACAAAAUUCAUUUAAUACUGGACCAGAAUUUUGGGAUACAUUACUAUGUCAUAAGUUGUAUAAGGAGCCUGAGGUGAAUGAUUUCGAGGACCAUAAUGAACCUGGUUUAUCGAUACAUCGUCUGAUGUUUGAGCAUGGAUAUACGACAACGAUAUUCAUAACUGCGCAGGUGCAUCAGUUAGCUGGAGAACAGAGUCUAUCAGCUGACUACUGCCAACUUACAUUGUUACGUCAACUUAUUUUUGCUAAACCUUUUGAGAAAGCAUUGAACAAUGCUUCAUUUAUUCGAUAUAAUAAAAGAAAUCGUAUUAAAUCAACUGACAGAUUUCAAGAUUUUACAAAAGACAGAGUAUUAAAACAAAGUUUGAAGACAGUUUGUCCAUUACCAUUACUUUAUGAAUUUAAUUCAAUUGAAUGGGCUAAAAUGCUAUUAGACCGAAUAACGGCUAUUAUAAAACAUUUGAAUGUCUAUUAUCUGCAUUAUAGUAAGAAAAUUACUUUUUUCUUAAAAAUUUCGUUGACAGAUUUUUCUAUACAAUUAGAAUACUAUGCAGUCUGUAUAAUUGAAGAGGCUAAAAGUACAUGUACUCGAAAGGAGGAUAAAAAUGUGUCCGAUCAACUAAGUAAUAUUUUGGCAAAUCUUUUUCGUGAUCUAGUACGUAUUGGCCUUGAUUUAUUGGAGAAAGGAGCAAAUAUAUUUCAGAAUUUAAGCAAUAAAGAAAAUGUCAAUGAUGAAAUUCAAUUCAACAGACUUACUAAACCAAAAGAUGAUAAUAAAUUUGGGUCAAUGUUUAAUUUGGAUCUAAGACCAAUAAUGGCUCGAAUAUUGGAGAGUGAUGUCAAUAGGAUGACCCCAACAAAUCAGGAGUCUAGUACGUAUAACGAAAUAAAUUCAAGCACAACUCUGGAAAUUGACAAUUUAGUAAAUAGUUUAGUUAUACCACCUACAAACUAUAAAAUGGCAUCUAGAAUAUUUCGUUUGAUACUGCAUUGUAUAAUGAAGGCUGAAUUCUACUAUACACUACAAGAUCAUUGUACUGAUGCAGUCACUUUAAUUCAAAAUCGAAGUAAAGCUUAUCGCUUAAUGGCCAUAUUUGAAAAUAAUAUCCACCGACAGUGUUGUAUGCAUAAAAGACGGACAGAUAUGUUAAGCGAUGUAUUAAAACAAUUGAAUCCAUCAUACUAUUUAAGCAUCUGUUCACAGUUAACGUUUGAAUUAGCUGGCACACUGAAUACAUUAAGAGAUUUGAAGAACAUAAUCUUCAAUCAGAGUUAUCUAAAUGGUGGUGGUGGUGGUGGUGGUGGUGGUGGUGGUGGUGGUGGUGGUGGUGGUGGUGGUGGUGGUGGUGGUGGUAGUGGUGGUGGUGGUGGUGGUGGUGGUGGUGGUGGUGGUGGUGGUGGUGGUGGUGGUGGUGGUGGUGGUGGUGGUGGUGGUGGUGGUGGUGGUGGUGGUGGUGGUGGUGGUGGUGGUGGUGGUGGUGGUGGUGGUGGUGGUGGUGGUGGUGGUGGUGGUGGUGGUGGUGGUGGUGGUGGUGGUGGUGGUGGUGGUGGUGGUGGUGGUGGUGGUGGUGGUGGUGGUGGUGGUGGUGGUGGUGGUGGUGGUGGUGGUGGUGGUGGUGGUGGUGGUGGUGGUGGUGGUGGUGGUGGUGGUGGUGGUGGUGGUGGUGGAUAA